CCAAUGAGGAUCUCUGAUGAUGCGGCGUCAUGGCGCUGACAUGAGCGGAGAGAAAACACACAUUAGCAGAGUUAUCCGCUGAAUAGGAUAUAGGACAAAUUAUAACAAUCUUUCAAAUUAUCCGAGGCGGAUAGCAACCGAAAUCGCUAACAGCUGGAUUAGAUUUGUUGAUGUAAGAUUCAGAGUGGAGAAGUUUCUGUAAUCUUCAGUAAGAGAAGCUAAAGGGUGUGUGAAGACCCCCCCUCACCCAGCCUGUGAAAAUGGACACUGCUGGUGUAUUUAUAGGCCAGACACGAUGAUCACACUCUCUUAAGAGACCAGUGGUUGCUAACAUUCAUCAUAAACACAUGAUAUUCAAUUCUAGAAGCUCCGUAUCCCUUACACAAAUUUAAAAGCUUUGAGAAGAUCCACAGGAGAAUCCAGAGUUCUGACCAGACGUACGUCAAGAGAAAGUAAAGUAAGCUAUGGAGAAACCAGUUUUACAAACCCAGCCCUCCAUGCUGCCUUUCUUCGACGCGGCCCACGCUGUCAACUUACUUCGUGGCAUCCACGAGCUCCGCGCCGAGCGCAAGUUCUUUGAUGUCACGUUGUGUGCUGAAGGCAAAGAGUUCCACUGCCAUAGAACUGUUCUAGCAGCUGCCAGCACCUACUUCCGUGCCAUGUUUGCCGGUACGCUACGAGAGAGUGUAAUGGACCGUGUGGUGCUACACGAAGUAUCGGCUGAACUGUUGGGCCUCCUGGUGGACUUUUGCUACACAGGUCGCGUGACCGUCACGCACGACAACGUGGACCUGCUGCUCAAGACAGCGGACCUCUUCCAGUUCCCAUCCGUCAAGGAAGCAUGCUGCGCAUUCCUGGAGCAGAGACUUGAUGUUUCCAACUGCUUGGAAAUCCAGGACUUCGCAGAGGCUUAUGCCUGUCGUGAGCUAGCGGCUAGUGCUCGCCGUUUUGUGCUAAAGAACAUUGUGCAGCUGGCAAAGAGCAUGGACUUUGAACGGUUGUCGUGGAAGCGGCUGCUUGAGUUUGUGUCUGAUGACGGACUGUGUGUGGAUAAGGAAGAAACGACAUACCAGAUUGCCGUGCGCUGGGUUAAAGCUGACUUGCAUCACCGAUUGCAUUACUGGCCUGAGUUGUUGCAGCAAGUACGGCUGCCGUUUGUUCGCCGUUUCUACCUUCUGGCCCAUGUGGAGAGCGAUCCACUGGUCUACUUGUCGCCAGCCUGUUUACGGUUAGUCAGUGAGGCACGCAGCUUUCAGUCUUACGAAUAUGACCGACAUGACCGACCCAGCCAUCGAAUGCGCCCACGUCCAUCCACCGGCCUGGCCGAAAUUCUGGUGGUGGUGGGAGGAUGUGAUCAAGACUGUGAUGAGCUUGUUACUGUGGAUUGCUACAACCCACAGACCGGACAGUGGAGAUAUUUAGCAGAAUUCCCAGACCACCUUGGAGGUGGCUACAGCAUAGCCGCCCUGGGCAAUGACAUUUACGUGACAGGUGGCUCAGAUGGAUCACGUCUCUAUGAUUGCGUUUGGCGAUACAACUCCAGUGUGAAUGAGUGGACGGAGGUCUCCCCCAUGCUGAAAGCCAGAGAGUACCACAGCUCCUGCGUCCUGAAGGGUCAGCUGUAUGUGGUAGCCUCUGAUAGCACAGAGCGCUAUGAUCAUACUCUAGACUGCUGGGAGGCACUUCCGCCCAUGCCACAUUCCAUGGAUAACUGUUCUACUACGGCAUGCAGGGGACGGCUCUAUGCCAUUGGCUCCUUAACUGGAGAGGACACGAUGGCAAUUCAGUGUUACGAUGUUGUAAGCAACCGCUGGUCACUAGUCAACUGUGGAGAACUGCCUCCAUGGUCCUUUGCCCCCAAAACAGUCACUCUUAAUGGGUUGAUUUACUUUGUAAGGGAUGAUUCAGCAGAAGUAGAUGUCUACAAUCCACAGAAAAACGAAUGGGAUAAGAUUUGUCCCAUGACACAAGUUCAUGUUGGAGGCAGUGUAGCAGCUCUGGGUGGUCGACUCUAUGUGUCCGGUGGCUAUGACAGCACUUUUGAGCUAUCUGAUGUGGUGGAGGUCUACGACCCCUCUACUCGAUCUUGGUCCCCAGCUGGCCGGCUCUCCCAGCCCACCUUCUGGCAUGGAAGUGUCAGCAUAUUCCGACAGUUUAUGCCUCUUGUUCCAAGCACCUUCGAACCCAUCGACAUACCUGAGCCCAAUGACAUCCACCUCCACAGACACCACCGCAAUCAGGCAUUUCACAACCACAACAACGUCAAUCAGAACCACAACCAAGAUCUCAAUGAAGUGCAUUGAGAACUUUACUAAAUGUGAGACUGAAUGACAUUCAAUGUGACUUCACUACUAGGUGUUUUGCACUUUAUCAAAUAUUCACCUCAGCUGGGCAGCAAAAGGGGCUGGUGAAUGGACAAUCAAUGUUUGCAUUAUUUCUCCCAGUUACCCAGUAUUUCUACAGCUUUAAUUGUUGCAUGCAUUUCUAAUGCUGACUGUGUUUACCUUGAACAGAGACUUGAGUGAAGUGAUUCAUGAAAUAGUGCCUAUCAUGUUUGGUGAAUUUCAAGCAAUCCAACCCUUGGUUAUGGUUAUGCUCAUUUUUUUAAAUGUAUUUUAUAAUUCAGCAUGGACCUCCAAAAGUGAUCCACAACAAUGCAAAUUUAAUUCAACACCCCCC